UACUUUGGGUAUAAUGACCUGAACUGACAGCUGGAUCAUCAGACUUGCGGUCAGUUGGGGACAUGUGACCAUAAUAUAGAGGAUCUGCCCCGACAAGUAUUCACCUCAUCAUCCGAGAGCAAGAAGAUAAAUCAUGUGCAGGAAUAUCCCCUCAAAUGUCUCCAUAUAACAUCCUGGAAUUGUAUAGAAUUAAAUGUUUAUUCACAAUACAGGUUCCUAUAAGGUGUCAGGACGUGGCGGUCUAUUUCUCCAUGGAGGAGUGGGAGUAUGUAGAAGGACACAAGGAUCAGUACAAGGAUCAGGUCAUGAUGGAGGAUCAGCAGCCCCUCACAUCACCAGUCAGAUCCAGUAAGAGAACAGCACCAGAGAGGUGUCCCCGUCCUCUUCUUCCACAGGAUGAUCAGGGUGAAGAUCUGAACAAUAUUAAAACUACAGAGACAGAUGUGAGCGGUGAUAAGCAGUUUAAGGAGAACUUUCCUACAGAGAAAGAUCUGAUCUAUGUUAAUGCUACAGACAUAAAGGAAGAAGAAGAGACAGAUGUGAGCGGUGUUGUGCAGUAUAAGGAGGACAUUCCUACAGGGGAAGUUCUUAUCUAUAUUAAUGCUCCAGAGACAAAAGUGAGCCGUAAUAAGCAGUAUAAGGAAAACAUUCCUACAGGGAAAGAUCUGAUCUAUAUUAACGCUACAGACAUAAAGGAAGAAGAGGCAGAUGUGAGCAGUAAUGAGCAGUAUAAGGAGGACAUACCUAUAGGGAAAGAUCUGAUCUAUGUUAAUACUACAGACAUAAAGGAAGAACAAGAGACAGAUUUGAACUGUUAUGAGCAGUAUAAGGAGGACAUUCCUACAGGGAAAGAUCUGAUCUAUAUUAAUGCUACAGACAUAAAGAAAAAAGAAGAGACAGAUGUAAGCGGUGAUGAACAGUAUAAAGAGGACAUUCCUACACGGAAAGAUCGGAUCUAUAUUAAUGCUACAGACAUAAAGAAAGAAGAAGAGACAGAUUUGAGCAGUGAUGAGCAGUAUAAGGAGGACAUUCCUACAGGGAAACAUCUGAUUUAUAUUAAUGCUACAGACAUAAAGAAAGAAGAGUCAGAUGGGAGUGGUAAUGAGCAGUAUAAGGAGGACAGCCCUACAGGGAAAGAUCUGAUCUAUAUUAAUGCUACAGACAUAAAGGAAGAACAAGAGACAGAUGUGAGCAGUGAUGAUCAGUAUAAGGAGGACAUUCCUACAGGGAAACAUCUGAGCUCUAUUAAUGCUACAGACAUAAAGGACCAACAAGAGACAGAUGUAAACAGUGAUAAGCAGUAUAAGGAGGGCAUUUCUACAGGGAGAGAUAUGAUCUAUAUUAAUGCUACAGACAUAAAGAAAGAAGAAGAGACAGAGAUGAGCAGCGAUGAGCAGUAUAAGGAGGACAUUUCUGCAGGUAACUGCCCAGAUUCUUGUAGCAGGAGAUCAGAGGAGAAUCUUAUAUCUUCAGAUUAUAAAGCAGAUGAUGAUAUCACACAAGAUACAUAUGAAGAACAUUCCAUUAUCCCAGAUACACCCUCAGCCCUUCACAGCCAAGAUCUGUCAUCUCAUCCUUAUAUACAGGUCCUGUCUUCUCAGUCAUCACAGGAUAUUCAGAAAAAUAAGAGUCACAGAAGGAAUGAUGGACACCAACAAGCUCAUACAGGAAAGAAAACAUAUUCAUGUUCAGAAUGUGGGAAAUGUUUUACUUCUAAAUCAGAUCUUGUUGUACAUCAGAGAACUCACACAGGAGAGAAGCCCUUUUCAUGUUCACAAUGUGGAAAAUGUUUCACUCAGAAAUCGCAUCUUGUUGGACAUCAGAGAACUCACACAGGAGAGAAGCCAUUUUCAUGUUCAGAAUGUGGAAAAUAUUUUACUUCUAAAACGUGGCUUGUUCAGCAUCAGAGAACUCACUCAGGGGAAAAACUGUUUUCAUGUUCAGAAUGUGGGAAAUGUUUUACUUCUAAAUCACGGCUUGUUGAACAUCACAGAACUCACACAGGUGAGAAGCCAUUUCCAUGUUCAGAAUGUGGGAAAUGUUUUACUAAGAAAUCAAAUCUUGUUGAACAUCAAACAGCUCACACAGGAGGGAAGCCAUUUUCAUGUUCAGAAUGUGUAAAAUGUUUUACUUCUAAAUCACGGCUUGUUAGACAUAUGAGAAUUCACACAGGGGAGAACCCAUUUUCAUGUUCAGAAUGUGGGAAAUGUUUUACUUCUAAAUCAAAUAUUAUUGAACAUCAGAGAACUCACACAGGGGAGAAGCCAUUUUCAUGUUUAGAAUGUGGAAAAUGUUUUACUAAGAAAUCAAAUCUUGUUGAACAUCAAAUAACUCACACAGGUGAGAAGCCAUUUCCAUGUUCAGAAUGUGGGAAAUGUUUUACUCGGAAAGCACAUCUUGUUGUACACCUACAGAAAUGUCUAACUCACACAGGAGAGAAGCCAUUUUCAUGUUCAGAAUGUGGAAAAUGUUAUACUCAUCAGCCAAGUCUUAUUAGGCAUCAAAAAAUUCACACAGGAGAUAAACCAUUUGAAUGUUCAGAAUGUGGAAAAUGUUUUACUCAGCAAUCAAAUCUUUUCAGACAUCAGAGAACUCACACAGGAGAGAAGCCAUUUUCAUGUUCAGAAUGUGGAAAGUGUUUUACUGAGAAAUCAAGUCUUGUUAAACAUAAACGAGCUCAUACAGGGGAGAAACCAUAUUUAUGUGCAGAAUGUGGGAAAUGUUUUACUGAGAAAUCAAAGCUUGUUCGACAUCAAAGAACUCACACAGGAGUAAAGCCAUUUUCAUGCUCAGAAUGUAGAAAAUGUUUUACUCAGCAUUCACAUCUUGUUACACAUCAAAGAACUCACAGAGAUGAGAAGCCAUUUUCAUGUUCAGAAUGUGGAAAAUGUUAUAAUAAGAAAUCAGGUCUUGUUCAGCAUCAAAGAACUCACACAGGGGAGAUGCCAUUUUCAUGCUCAGAAUGUAGAAAAUGUUUUACUGGCAAAUCAAAUCUUUUUACACAUCAAAGAACUCACACAGGGGAGAAACCAUAUUCAUGUUCAAAAUGUGGGAAAUGUUUUACUGAGAAAUGCCGUCUUGUUAAACAUAAACGAAUUCACACAGGGGAGAAACCACAUUCAUGUUCAGAAUGUGGGAAAUGUUUUACUGAGAGAUCCAGUCUUGUUAAACAUAAACGAACUCACACAGGGGAGAAACCAUAUUCAUGUUCAGAAUGUGGGAAAUAUUUUUCUGACAAAACAAAUCUUGUUCAACAUCAAAGAACUCACACAGGGGAGAAGCCAUUUUCAUGCUCAGAGUGUGGGAAAUGUUUUACUCAGCAAUCACAUCUUGUUACACAUCAAAGAACUCACACAGGAGAGAAGCCAUUUUGCUGUGCUGAGUGUGGAAAAUGUUUUACUGUGAAAUCAAGUCUUGUUAGACAUCAAAGAACUCACACAGGGGAGAAGCCAAUUCAGAGCAGUAAAUUAUGCAGAUAACACAUCUAUAUAUUCACCAUGUACAUAGGAUAUCUGACAUUUAUACAUAUAUCAUAUACUGCAUCUCCAAACUUGUUA